CUGGGGCUUCCGUUUCGAUUUAAGUCGCUUUUGAACGGUCCGCCUGUUUGGACCUUUCCCUGUUGCUAUAACAAUUUCGAGAAACGAGAAACCAAGUCUUACAAAAACAACAACACGAACCACAAAUUCUACUGCAACAGCGUUGCAACAAAAAUCGUUUAAGCUCGCAGCAAAAGGUUCCACUGCACAGGCCAGCAGAAGCUUAGAAAAGAAAAAAAAGACCGAAAAGUUUAAUUGUGUAAGUAGCGUUUAAUGGAAAGUUGUAUAUACUCGUACUCUUACUCGUAUACGUGUACGUAUGUGUAUAACUGUGAGAGUGGGCAUAGCUUGUUCUGGUGCGUGUGUCCUUCGGGCCUUUUGUGCGAUUGCUUAACCCAGAAAAAUAUUUAAAACAAUUAACAAACAAAUCGUGACGAGCGUAAUGAAAGCUACAGUCCGAGCUACGGUCAUCGGUGCACGGUCCGCGGUCCUGGGCUGACGUUGCCAAACCUAAUUAAAUGAGAUCGAAUUGCGCAGCCGGGCCAUUGUGUUCACCCUUCACCUUUAUUCUUUGUUCCCAGCUAACUUCAUUGUCUGGUCAAUUAUCUGGGAAUUCGAAUUCAGCUUUAUUAUUGUAUUGCUACACUGGCCAGUUUCAGGCAUGGAUGGAUGAGGCAGGUUCCAGGAAUGACCAAAUGGACAUGAAAUAUCGCACAACAAUUCUGCGUUUCUGUAGUAUACUUUUUGGAAAAUUGAACAUAUGAAUCGAUCCGAGUGAAUCGUAAUUAAUCAGUCAGCUCUGCUGCAACAAUUUAUCGAGAGAAUCUGCCCGUGGAAGCUCGGCCGCAAGGCAAGGCAAAGGCAUCAGUUUGCCUAAAAGUUACAAUUCAUGCAGGAAAUCGCAUUAAUCACAGGGAACAUCUAGCAGCUGAAGUGGAGAGCGAGAUACGAAUUUCCACGUACUAUAAAAUCAAAAACCCAUCAGCAAGAGGAAAUAGCGCAAAAUUGGGGCAGAGAAUAGAAUGCAAUUAACGGCAGCUUUUCCCGAAGAGACAGUAGGAAAAGCAGCAGCAGUUUCCACAGCAUCGACAAGCUCAUUGAGAAAAUUCAUCUAAGCAGCUCUACGCGAAAAAGCAAACUACUCGAAAAGGACAGCAGUAAACCAUGGACAAGAAAUCGAAGAGUAAAGCUAAAAUGAAAGGUCUAAAGCCUAACAAGGAGUCGAGCACUAUGCUGGAUGUGGAUCUGUGGGAGCAAAACGAAGAUCGCUUCACCACCAUCGACAUUCCGGGACCAAAGGCACUGGGCAAAAAGAGCGCUGCAGAAGCGGUCAUCGGAGGCGGUGGCGGAGGAAUAGGAAACGCACCAGUGGCGGGAGCAGCGGUGGGAGCUCUGCCCUCUGGGGUUGUCUGCCCAUCUAAUGCAUCGGCCUUGGCCAAGGACGUUGUCUCAGUACCGAAGGCAUCCAAAGCAGCCGCGCAAAUGAGCACCACCCCCACAGCGUUAAGCAUUGCUGGCUGCGCCUCUGGCACUGCUCUGGUCACACUCGAUGCCGCUCUCGUGGAGGCUGCCGAUGGCGGGACAGAGCCGGAGCGCGGCAAUUGGAGCGGUCGCUUCGACUUUCUACUUUCGCUUUUGGGCUACUCCGUGGGCUUGGGAAACGUCUGGCGCUUUCCCUAUCUCUGUUACAACAACGGCGGAGGUGCUUUUCUGAUUCCCUUCACCAUAAUGCUGGUGAUUGCGGGGCUACCCCUAAUGUUCAUGGAGCUGUCGUUUGGCCAAUACGCUGCUUUGGGACCAGUGGCCGUAUACAGGCGCUUCUGCCCUCUGUUCCGCGGCCUAGGUACUGGCAUGAUCCUGGUAUCGGCUAUUGUUAUGCUCUACUAUAACCUAAUCAUUGCUUGGACCAUAUUCUAUAUGUUUGCAUCCCUGGGCACCACGCUUCCUUGGCAGAACUGCGAGCCGGCAUGGAGCACGAAACAUUGCUUCUCGUAUGUCCAGGCGGAUCAGUGCGAGGCCACCAACGGCACCUACUAUCUACGCACCUGCUACAAUUCCACCGUGGCCGAGGAAAAUAACAUAACGACCCUGGCCCUGCAUGCUCUGAAGCGUCCACCAGCCGAGGAAUACUUUAACAAUUUUGUGCUAGGUCUGUCGUCCGGCAUCGAGGAGACGGGUAGCAUUAAGCCCUCUUUGGCAGGCUGCCUCUUCAUGGCCUGGGUAAUUGUGUUCCUUUGCCUGUGCAAGGGUGUGCAGUCCUCCGGAAAGGUUGUAUACUUCACCGCUCUCUUUCCGUAUGUCGUUCUGGUCAUACUGUUUGUGAGGGGUGUAACCCUUCCCGGCGCCAGUACUGGCAUACUAUUCUAUCUGACACCCGACUGGAAGCAGCUGGCCAAUGCUCAGGUGUGGGGCGAUGCGGCGGUGCAGAUAUUCUUUGCCCUCAGUCCCUCCUGGGGUGGACUGAUUACCCUCUCCUCCUACAACAAGUUCUCCAACAAUUGCUACAAGGACUCCAUGAUCGUGGCUUUCUGCAAUAUUGCCACGUCGUUCUUUGCUGGGCUGGUGAUCUUCUCUAUCAUUGGCUUUCUGGCUCACGAGCUGGAUGUGGAUGUGGGAAAAGUGGUGGACCAGGGUGCUGGGCUGGCAUUCAUUGUCUAUCCGGAGGUCGUGACCCGACUGCCAAUCUCCCCGGUGUGGUCGGUACUAUUCUUUGUAAUGCUUUUGACCCUGGGCCUGGACUCGCAGUUCGCUUUGAUGGAAACCGUGACAACGGCGAUUUUGGACAAGUUUCCCAACCUGCGUCACUCCAAGAUUUGGGUGGUACUGUCGGUUGCUAUAUUUGGGUAUAUCGGCGGGCUCGGCUUCACCACCAACAGCGGGAUGUAUUGGCUUCAGCUGAUGGACAAAUAUGCAGCCAAUUGGUCUGUCCUACUCAUUGCCAUCUCGGAGUGCAUUCUUAUCUCCUGGGUGUACGGAUCACAGCGUUUCCUCAACGACAUUCAGGGCAUGAUUGGCAAGAGGUCCUGGUUGUGGAACACUUUCUGGGGCAUCAUGUGGCGCUACAUAACCCCAGCCACUCUUUUGUUUAUCCUGUUCUUCAAUUGGGUCGAAUACAAGCCGGCCAAGUAUGGGCACUACGUCUAUCCAUUGUGGGCUGACACUGUGGGCUGGAUCAUCGGACUUCUGCCCGUGUUUAUUGUGUUCCUGGUAGGUUUUCAGCAGAUCUGGAAGGCUCCCAAGCACCUCAGCUUCCUGGAGCGUAUCAAGUUUCUUCUUAAGCCCACCGCCGAAUGGGGACCGGCAGGCAGACCCUGCGUCAACCUGCAUGCCGAACGUUAUCAGACCCAGAACUACGAUGGUGUGACCAAUGCACAGAUCCUGGUCCACGGCGGCCCCUCCGAUGUGCUGGCAUACGAGGAUGCCGAAGCUACUGCCAAUGGCAGUGGCAGUGGAAAUAACACCCAAAACGGCUACUGCGACGAGGCCAUGCAACUCUGAGAGCGGGUGAAGGCAUCCUCGUCGACGGUGGUGACCGUUGAUGUGGAUGUUGAUGUUCUGCCACUGGCAACGGUUGGCAAGCUGCCAGGACCAAGCAUCUUGAAGUCCUCAGCGAAAUACUGCAGCAUUCAACAGGCGGUAGAUGACAAUGGCAAGCACAGGGGCCAGACUCAGACCAGUUCUAGCAAGAAGCCACUCAUCGUAACAGAUACGGAAAAAAAGAAGAACAAUCAAAAAGGUGAACAAAAUUUGGCUAGCACUACCAAGGUUCUGUCUACUGGCACCAUGAGCAGCGGACGUGAAUGCAUCACCAUGUCCACAUUCGCAGGGGCUGGUGAGAAAGACUCAAAGAAAGUAAAUCAGCCGACACUUGGAGCUGUUGGGUCGGUCAAAGCGUCCAUAACAUCUGGUGGACCUCCCUUGAAGCCCAUGGCUUCUACUGUUGCAUCUCGCACAUCUCCACCUGGAAAUGUCUGUGCUGCUGUACUUCAAGUCAGGGCAUCACCGACAGCAGCUAUAUACUGUGAAGAGGACGGAGCUCGGAUCAAAACGACCUCAUCAGUAGCGGUGGGUGCUUUUUCAGUCUCAGGAAGGACACAAUCAACUCUUGGUACCACAGAGAUAGCUAAACUCAAAACAACUAAAACAACUCCUGCUGGUAGUGGAACGAAGCCAACCGCUUCUUUGACAGCGUCUAAGCCAAACACUACAGCUUCAUCGACAGUAAACGUUAGUGCGGCCAGCACCACAACAGUCAAUGCCAAAAUAAAUGCAAAUGCAGCUUCAAACGAUCAAAAGACGCAAGCUGCCGGUAUAACUGUGACGACAAUUACAGAGACAGCUGUUUGUGUUGCCAAUGAGAGAGCGGAGCCAUCGCCAAUUUCUGCCAAAGGAAUGCCGAUUUCAGUGAUUUCAACAACAACAACUUUAGCGAGUACAGCAGCUGCAUCAUCAAAACCGCAAACAGUAAGGGCUAUACCAGCGUGUAGUAUACCAGGCGCCACAACACCAGCAACAUUUGCAGCCCCAAAAGCAACAGUGGCAGCUACUCCCACAGAAUCAAAUCCUGCAGUAAAAGCUCCUGCCAAGAGCACUGCAACCAAGGGAUUAUCUUCAAAGCCGACUGCAGGUGCAACAACAGCCACGCCAAAAACAGCACCUCCUUCUUCAUCAGUAACUGCCAAGCUACCCGCGGGCUCGGAAACCGACCCAAGGGAACUAUCAUCUGUCAAACAAUCGAACAUAGCUCUAAAAACAACGUGCAGCCCUGCUGCUUCCGAUAUUGCCCCACAAGCUAAAAACAAAGUCAAAACCACGAAACCAGGCACUGCGAAGCCAAUGGCUACAAGUCCUACGAAGUCGACAGUCAAGCCAAUAAAGCCAGUAUCAACCAGUCCCACAAAAACAAUAAGGGGAAAAGCUAUAACUUCACCUGGAACCUCUGCUAACACAGGAGCAUCAGUGGGAACCGUUGGUAAGACAGGAGCUUCUACCAGUAAGACCACUAGCAGCGGCAAAGCGAAAGCAAAUUUAUCAGCAUCAACUAGGAAAUAAGCAGACGAAGUGAUCUCGUAUUCUCAUAAAACUAAAAAUAGGUAAAUGGGAUAGAAUGAAUCUGUUGAGAUCAUACUAUUGCCCAAUAUCGAAUACUAUUUUUAUAAGUAUUAUAUAUCUAACGAGCUAAGCAAACAAAUUUUGUUAGCCCAACGGCAACCUAACCAUAUAUGAUUGUUAUGCGUUUAGAUGUUUAUACAUAUAUGUAUGUAGAUAAUCGGAAAGAAAAUAUUUUAGGAAUCUUUAAUUUGGAUUUAAUUUUACGGGAGACAGGCAGAAAUUAGGAUGAAUAUGAACGAAGAUUUCCAACGGGAAAGACAAAACAGAAAAACCUUCAUGUUUCCUAUGAGUACCUAUUUAUGAGAAUUCUGUUCCUUAGUGCAUACCUAAUGAAGAUAUAAUAGCAUGGAGCGGAGAUGGAUGUGGGUGUGGAUUUGGAAAGACUUGAUUGCCAUUACGAACAAGUUAACGUAGAAUUUAGUAGGCUCGAUGAGGGAGAUGAGAUGAGAAUGUCCUGUAGUUUGUUUAUAUGUAUGUUUAUAUGGAGGUACAUAUGUAUGCACUUUCAAUACAUCCAUACAAAUAUAUGAGUGUGCGAAUUUGCAACCCAAUUUGAUAAUGAAAUCAAACGAAAUUAAUAGCAAUGUGCAAAAGCAAACGUUUAAAGUUUUUAAACAAAAACAAUUUAUAUAAAAAUAUACAAAUAAUGUAAAAAUAAGAAAGCAUUUCUUUGUUUGUGUUGUUUUAUACCACAAAUAUUUUUAAAAAUAUUUUGGAAAGAGCGAUCAGACGGAGUAGAAAGGGUAACUUUGUAUUUUAUAUACAGAGCUCCUGUAUUGUAUAUGUAUGCACAUUGUACAUAUAUAUACUCGUAUAUAUCUCAUAAUCUCUGUAAAUGUAUAUCUAACUAUACACUCGCUGUACCCCAUGUUUUCUUAGGCGUAACCAAAUGAGAGACUCAUGUACCUAAAUGAAAAUGAAGUUGCAUCAGAUCCAAUCGAUUUGCGUGCAGUUGUAUGAUAAAGAAACAAAAAUAUAGUUAUAAAUGUUUUAUGUGUGCGAAUUAGAGAUACUAAACUAAAAUCAAAAUGCUCAUAGAAAAACAGAACAAAAAUAAAACAAUAACUAUUACUACAAUUCAA